AUGAUUCACGAAUCGUCGGAGGUAUCGACCACAAUCGAUAACCAAAAUGCUCUAUAUACGAAUGUUAAAGUCUCAAAAAAGACUUCUCGUAAAGCUGUUGAUAUUAAAGAACAUUUACUUACUAUUGAUUCCAUAGUUGAGUCCUUAGACACGAAUUUUGAUGUUCACCAUCCUGAAAACUCUCAAGGCUUGUCCUCUAAAAUUGUUUCCGAACGAUUGUUGACUGAUGGUAAGAAUAUUCUGGCUCCUCCGAAGAGAACUUUAUUCAUAGUUAAAGUUAUCAAGGAACUUCUUUCUCCAUUCUCUUUGGUAUUGAUUAUUGCUGGUUUUUUGAGUAUUCUUGACGUCAUCAUCGAAAGAACACCUGAAUCCAUUCCAAAUAUUUUCCUUGGAUUGAUAUUGUUUGUGGUUGUUUUAUUCAAUGCUAUUGUAACAUUAGUUCAAGAAAGAAAGGGAGAGAAAAUUAUUGAGAGUUUUCAACAGUUACAAAAGAAUUCGUGUUGGGUUAUUAGAGAUGGUAUUUUACAAAAGAUUGAUGCUGAAGAUUUGGUCCUUGGUGAUGUUGUUAAAAUUUCAACAGGUGAUUUGAUCCCAGCAGAUUUAAGAUGUGUCAGUAGUUCUGGUAUGAAGGUAGACAAUAGUACUUUGACUGGAGAAUCAGAUCCUCAAACUAGAACCAUUGAAAAUACUGCUCCUAACCCAUUGGAAGCAUCUAAUUUACUAUUUUUUGGAUCUACUGUUGUCGAAGGAUUUGGUUUUGGAAUUGUAAUUAGAACAGCAAACAAGACAGUUAUGGGAAAAAUUGCUCACUUGGCAGGUGGUCAAAAGGAAAGAAAAACACCUAUCAGAAGAGAAAUUGACAAAUUUGUUUUCAUAUUGGGAACCAUUGCUAUUGUUUGUUGCAUUAUUUUCUUUUGUGUAUGUAUGAGCUUUGGUUUCACAUGGUUUCAGAGCUUUAUUUUUUGCAUUGGUGUAAUUACUGGUUGCAUCCCUGCAGGUUUAAUUGCUACUGUGACCACAUGUCUUUCAAUCUCUGCACAACGUUUGAAAGAGGUUAACAUUGUUGUCAAGAAACUGGAUCAUGUGGAAACAUUGGGUUCUGUUUCAGUCAUUUGUUCUGACAAGACUGGAACACUCACACAAAAUAAGAUGACCGUUGUUGAAGCAUGGAUUGAUUCUUCAGUUAUCACCAUUCCAUACAAUAUGGAUAACUCCACAAGCGCGACUUCAACCAAUGGUGCUUCUAGUAAUGCUCCUCAAAAUUUAUCUACUGAAGAGUUGUUGCAAAGAGCUUGCAGCUUGUGUAGUACAGCCACAUUCCUUGAAAAUGAAGCAAAUUUAAACACUCCAAUCAUGAAAAGAGAAUGUCUUGGAGAUGCCUCAGAAAUUGCUCUCAUUAAGUAUGUAGAAUCCAGAGGAAAGGCCAGUCUUAAAAGCAUUAGAAAAGAUCAUGAAGAACUCUAUUGUAUUCCUUUUAGUUCAAAGAAUAAGUGGAUGCUUACUAUCAACGAGAUUCCUAAUCAACCUAACGAUGACGCUCUAUUGUUAAUGAAGGGAGCCCCUGAAAGAAUUGCUUCUCUUUGUUCCAAAAUUUUAAUAUCUGGUGUUGAAUAUGAUAUGGAUGAGAACUGGAGAAACAACUUUCAAGAUUCUUAUGACUUUUUUGCAUCAAAAGGUUGUAGAGUUUUGGCAUUUGCCCAAACUAGCAUUUCAAAGUCACAAAUUCCAUCUGGAGAUAUUGAUAAUAUCAGAGAUUUUGCCAAAAAUUUGACAUUUUUGGGAAUGGUAGCAUUGACUGAUCCUCCAAAGGUAGGAGUAACUGAAGCUGUUGCCAAGUGUAAAACUGGAGGUAUUCAAGUAGUCAUGGUCACUGGAGAUCACCCUCUCACUGCAAAAGCCAUUGCCAAACAAGUGGGUAUCAUAGAACAAAAAGCGCUCAUACUGGACGAAAUGGAUGAACAGAAUUAUGGCUCUCAACCUGAAGCUAUGGUUAUCCAUGGAGAACAAAUAGAUCAAUUGACUAAUGAAGAUUGGAAAGGAAUUAUGAAAAUUAAGCAGUUGGUAUUUGCUAGAACUUCUCCACAACAAAAGUUGUUUAUUGUUUCCAAAUUCCAAGAAUAUGGUCAUAUUGUGGCCGUAACAGGAGAUGGAACAAACGAUUCUCCAGCUCUCAAAAAGGCUGACAUUGGUGUUGCAAUGAACUUGAGUGGUUCUGCUGUCUCUAAAGAAGCUGCUGCCCUUAUCUUGUUGGAUGAUAACUUUGCAUCAAUUGUAAACGGAAUUCAAGAAGGUAGAUUGAUUUUUGACAAUUUAAAGAAGAGUCUUGUUUACACAGUAAGCCAUAACUUGCCUGAAAUGUCUUCAUUUAUUGCUUUCAUGUUCUUUGGUAUUCCUGUACCAAUGACAGGUUUGCAAAUGAUUUGUCUCGAUUUGGGUACUGAAGUAGCAUCUUCUAUUUGUCUCGCCUAUGAAAAAGCAGAAAAUGAUUUAAUGAGUAUUCCACCAAGAAACAAAUUGCAGUCACUAAUUGGAAUUCCUGAACUCAUGUUCUGUUAUCUCGUUUCUGGUUUAAUUGAAUCACUUGGUGGCAUAUUUUGUUUUAUAUUCACAUUUGCAUUUUAUGGAGUUCCCCCAAGGUAUUUGUGGGCUGCUAGACAAGGCAAUUAUUUCCAAAACACUUCAUCAACACCAUUGUUUAUUGUAGAAACUGGAAUUACUCUAAGUGGAGUGGAUCAAAGCAACAUUUUGGUUACUGCUCAAACAAGUUACUUUUUAUGUAUUGUUUUGUGUCAAAUUGUCAACAUGUACUCCUGCAGAACUAGAAGAGAAUUUGUAUUUACUUUCCCAUUAUUCUCCAAUUUGUACAUCUAUCUUGGCGCUGUGGUUGCUAUUGCUCUUUCUGCCUUUUUGAUUUAUGUUCCGUUCAUUAAUGAUGCUAUUUUCGGCUUUAGACCUGUAACAGUUGAUUCAUGGUUGUAUCCUCUUCCGUGGAUGUUUAUGGUACUCUUUGUCAAUGAAAUGAGAAAAUUGUUGGUCAAGUACUUGAAAAUCAAAAAUUUGUACUGGUAA